UUUUCUUAGCUGUGAUAGGUCUGACCAGUCCAACUGCAUCCAAUCAAUUCGGUUUCAAUAAAUCAGUUACUUGUUCACAUCGCCGAAGGUUUCAAUCUGGUUUAUGGCGGAAGUCUCGCAUUUACUAAAACCACGUGAUAAUUCACGAAUAUUCUCACACAGUAACAUCAUGGCUGAUGACGCGGGAGACAAAAAUUAUCCAAACACCAAGGAGGCAGCCCAGAAAACUAUUGAGAAUGGUGCAUUGGCAGAGAAAAAGGCCGAAGCAGAACCAAUGGACACUGAUGCAUCAACAGCUGGGAGCCAGUCCCAGGGGGAGGAGGAGACAGCAGAAACACCUAAAUGUUACUGUGGUCAGCCACGCAGUCUUGGAUGUGUUGAGCUUUUAUGUGGUACCUGUCUGGCUUGGUUUCACUCAGAAUGCGUUUCAGUGAACAUAGGGAAGAGCUUGCCAUUCAUGACAUGUUAUCAGUUCUGCUGCAAAAAGUGCAGUCCAACUGAGAGCGAGAGCUUCAUCAGGCGACAAGCAACAUUUAGUCAAAUGUGUCAACAGGCCAUAGCUAAUCUCAUCCUGCAGAGUGCUAAUGAAGAUGGACAGACAAGCUUUUCAAAAGAGAUGGAAAUAAUCCCUUUCAUAGACAAAAACUGGGAAAACCUUACUACCAUGAACCGCAGAGUAAAACUGACUUGGCACAAUACAGUCUCUAAAACAAUGACAAAAGAGACAGACAUUUUUGCCUGUUCGCUAGAAGAUGGGACAGAUUCUUAUUACACUCUUGUCAAUCAGGACUUGUCUCGGAUAGCACCAAGUUACGAUGUCUUCAAAGGAUCUGCAGUCGGACUGAAUACAGUAGACACAAAAAGCAGAAGUGCAAAAAGGAAAGCUCCUUUUGACAGCAAUGUAUUCAUUUCAAAACAGAAAAAGAGUGACUUAAAUUCAGGAACUCGAGUACCAGCUCAUGGUUAUCCACUAGAGCAUCCAUAUAACAAAGAUGGCUACAGAUACAUUUUGGCCGAGUCAGAUCCUCAUGCACCUAAUCGGCAAGCAUUUGAUGACAGUGUUGAAUGGGCUGGCAAGCCUAUCCCUGGCUAUCUGUAUCGAAUGUUUCUUGGCAGUCAAGUUCUGCUGUCAAUGCAUGACAGAGCGCCACAGCUGAAGCUGAGUGACGACCGUUUGACUGUGACAGGAGAGAAGGGGUACAGCAUGAUUCGAGCUUCCCAUGGUGUGGUCAGUGGUCAGUGGUUUUACGAAGUAACAAUUGAUGAGAUGCAGGAGCCAACUGCGACGAGGAUUGGCUGGUCACAGUCUUUAGGAAAUCUGCAAGCCCCAUGUGGCUAUGAUAAAUUUAGUUAUUCUUGGCGAUCACGGAAAGGGACACGAUUCCAUCAGAGUCACGGCUACCAUUACUGUGAUGGUGGCUAUGGUGAAGGGGAUGUGCUUGGAUUUUUUGUUUCCUUGCCUGUGCCUGCAGAUCGUGAGAAAUGGCUUCCACAGACAUUUAAGGAUCGGCCACUGGUCAAGUUCAAGAGCCAUCUGUACUUCGAGGAGAAAGACUGCGUCAGCGAAGCCGAGAAGAACCUCAAGCCUGCCAAGGGCAGCAAGAUGAUAAUGUACAAGAAUGGACAGUCCAUUGGGGUUGCAUUUGAAGAUGUACAUGAAGGGACCUACUACCCGGCUGUCUCACUAUACAAAGCAGCGACGGUGACUGUCAACUUUGGACCAGAUUUCAAAUUUCCUCCUUCUGAUCAGGAAAACUUUCGGCCUAUGUCAGAAGCAGCCAACCAGGCAAUGGUUGAUUAUGCUUUGGCCGACAUACUCUUCCAUAUUGACAAUGAAGGCAAACUUCCAGAAUUCUAGACAUUGAUAACAGUGUCAUAUAUGGAAUAUAAGUAAAGAAUUACUUAUAUGGUUUGAUUGUGCAGAACUUUUUUUGAUUGCUAAUCCCAAUUGGUUCAAACUGUAGAAGUGGCACUAGCCUCCUGUUGCUUGCCGAGAAUAAAAAUCAAACUGCUUAACAUUUAUAUGCAUAGCAUGAAGCCUUUGUCAUACCUUUUCUUCCGUUUUCCUCCAUACUAUUUUUUUUUUUUAAAGUGGUUUAUAUUUUACUUUGCAAAUGACUGCUGACUGUUCUGGUCCUGUCAGCAUUAAAGCUUCGCCUUUUCCAAGAAGCAGACACAUGCAUGACACAGGUGUGACAUAAUAAAGGUGCAUUUUGACUUGCCUGAGAUGUCACUACUUCAGAUGCAAGUUACGCUCUCAGGGAUACAUUACUAUCGCAUACCUGCACUUCAUUAAGACCAUAGUUCUGGAAUUUUGAUUCCAAAGAAAAACCAUUUUUUUAACCUUGUCUUGAAAGAGUCUUGGAUUUUCUGCAAUAUUUUAUCAUUUUGAACAACUGUUCUCCACAGUUUGGAGUGUUUUAAAUGAAAGAAUACAGUGUAGAGUUUGCGCACAUUGUUUGGAAAAUAUUUGUUGAGCUUGUGAUGAACAAGAGGUAUGAAUCGUGAACAGACACCUGUAGUGAUGGAAGGUUUUCUUCAGACAAGAUUUUUGCGAGUGUAAUUGAUAGAUACAAUGAUGCCAUAGUGAGGGGAGUGUUUAAACAUGAUUUUAUUCAUGGAAUUCUUCACUCAUUGAAAUUGAUAAUUUUCAUAAAAAUUUUUUUUAAACCAUUUGUAAUUUUUUUCCAUGAACUGCAAGUUAGAGCUUGGAACCUUUCAUGAUGCUUGAAAGUGUAAUCGAGGUAUGUGUUCUCAGCAUAUAUUUAUGUGUGGAGAUAAGUAUGAAAGUAAAAGAGUGUGUGAGUGUAAGAAUCAUUAAUUAUCUCAUGACAGUGUUCGUUCAGUUGUCUGUGAUGGUGUAGUAGAUGCAGUACUAAUGAUUCAACAUGGCUGCAAAUAGAACCUUCCAGACAGCUCUAGAUGUUAAAAUCAGCCAGAAAGUCUCUCUGUGAAUGUUAGGUUUAUUGUUGUUGUAAGCAUCUAAAAUAGUUUCAGCAGACAGGGAGACUGAUCUAUUAUUGUAUGGAUACUGUGAAAUAUGAAGAGCCUGUUUUGAUAGGUGCAUGGAUAACAAUAAAAUGCAGGCAGAACUAAACUGCUGAUGUUUGUUCUCAUGUAUGUGGGCUGCUCACAAAAGUGAAUGAAUUGCAACCUUUUGCAUUUUGACGACAAUAGAAUACUUGGUCAUGAGCAUUGUCAUUGGAACAAUAAAAAGCUUUUUAAAACUCU